GCGUUUGACCGCAGAGCUCAAGCUCUAUACAAUUUCGCGCAGCAAAGCUCGCUUACUUCUAAUGUUUAUAUGCACUGACACACGUCGUGCCAGCCACGAGCAUCGUAAAAGUAGGUAUCUAUAAUCAAUAAACGUAAGGACGCACUAGAGCAGCAGCAGCCCCCGUCAGAGCAGUGGGGUAAGCGCGUGCGGGGGUGGCGAAGAAAGCGAGCAUGCACGCACACGAAACAACUGGGUGGUGGUAGACGCCACUCGGAGCUUUUCCGUUGCGGAGCUUUCAUAAUGCAUAGCAGCAGACAGUAGCAGUAGCAGCAGACAACAAAGCUCAAGAGACGCAGCUGUCUGCUGAAUCGACGCGUUGAAGCGAUAAACGAAUAAACAUUUCAAGAUGUUGGAGUGGGCUCAUUUAGGUAUCAACGCAUCGAUACCGAGAAAUAAAGGACCAGAAUGUGCCAAUUAUCUGACCAUGAAGCGAAGAAUCGUGGAAACAUUUUUUAUUUCACUAUACAUCAUCGCUUUAUUGAGAUGGAGUUGGAAGAGAAUCAAACUACCGAAAAAAGUGCCAUACACGUACACGCCGAGAAAAGGAAAGACGUUUUUGUUAGCCCUAAUGUGUUUAGUCUUUGGUAUCGAGAUAGGUUUCAAGUUGAUGGGAAAAACAUUUGUCUACAUAUUGAACCCUUGCCAUAUCAUUACUAUACUCGAGAUAUAUUUACUUGCGGCUGAACCAGACAGUCCGACCAUUACUGCGGUAUUCAGAUUGAUCGUAUCGGGGUUUAAUGGACCAGUACUAGCUUAUGCAUUUCCAGAAACUGAUUGCCGACCAAUGUUUGCCGAUAAAGCUGUAUAUUAUAUUCAACAUGGCCUAAUGGCCAUGAUUCCUUACUACUUGGCAAGACUCGGAGGUGCUUACACGGUUGAACCUUUGAGAGAUAUGAGUUGGUCAGUAUUCGGUUAUGCAGUGAGUUUAGGCUAUCAUUUUUGGAUUCUUCAAGUAGCUGGAAUGCUUGUUCAAGUGAAUUUAAGCCACAUGCUGUGUCCUGCAAUCUUAGAUCCAUUUGAUGGACAAAAUUAUAGGCUUUGGGCCACUACUCAUCAAUUCUUACUCAUCCCUAUACUUUAUAAACUGUUUUGCAUUAGUGCACAGUAUUUAUUCACCAAAUUUCCCUUGACGAGAGUCAACAGUGAAUUUUCUAUAAUAGACGUAAGCGCCGUUAAAAAAAGUGUCGAUAACAACGAAGUUAUUAAAGAUAGUCGUAAGGAACACAAGCAUGAAGAAUGAAAUUCAGUCAAAGCACGUCAUAGUAUUUUUCCUAUUAUAAAGAAAAUCUCCACGUGAUACAAUCUAUUUUUGGGGCCUACAAUUGAAACCGACAUGUGAAAAGUUUAAUUUUAAAUUCAUUAAACUUUUUCUAUUUUUACAUCUGCUCGUAAAGAUGUGUUAGAAAAUUUUAAAAUUAAUCAGUGUUGUGCACUACUGGUAUCCAGUACAAUUCACAUGCAAUCUAGCCUCUAGUCAAAACGAAAUAUUCGUAUGCAAAGUGAAUUAAUAAAGUCUGUGUUUAAAAAAGUUCAUUCUCUUGAAACUGUAAAACUAAAAUUUUUUUAGAACAUUCCAUUCGAAAAUGAAGACUCGAGAAGCAUUUUUAUGCAUUGCAAUGUAAUUAUUUCUUUUUAAUCACUCAUAAGAUAACCAAUUCUAAAAUAGUGUUUUCAAUGUGUGUAGGAACAAGUAUACAAUGUAUGUCAUAACGAGCAACAAUGAAAUUAUUUUCUGAUUUUUAUAUCGAAUGAUAAUGUUCACCUAUUGCAAAAUAUGUAAUGAACGAAGCGGCCUUUUAGUGUCAAAUGGAUAUAAGUUGCUGUAAUUUUGCCUAUUAUAUAGUGCAAAUAUUUAAUAUUGAUUAUAUUUUAAUCAUGAAUGAAUCUUGAAGGAAUUGCAUUCCAAAAUAACUAAGAGUUUUAUGUAAUUUUUAGAUAUAUCGAAGCUAUGAUCAAAUAAUUAGAUAAAUAUUCUGUUUUAAACAGAUGAGAAGCUAUCGCUAAACCGUCAUAAAAAAUCACUCUAUUAUAUGUUUAUUGUUAUAAAUAUUACGAUAUAUGUCACUUAUACAAUCAUGUUGCAAUACAUAUUUAUCGGAUAAUAUGAACUGUUGCGUCGAAAUUAUAAAGAAUUAAUUACCAUCAUUGUUAAAUUUAUCGUAUUUAUCGAAUCACCUUGUAAAACGAAGACACUGGAAAACGUAUGCGUAAAAAAAAGUAAUUUUCUAUUCUCCUUAAAUGGCUUAGAGCUUGCUGCACGAGUAGAUUUUAUUUUUGGAUAAUGUGUCAUUCCUAGAAGUACACCAGCUCACGCCGGCAGGGAUAUUUUUGCAAAGCUUAAAAAUGUGUAAAUAUAAUCGAUGUGUCUGUACAAACAAUAAAAAUUCAAGUCGAAUCUUUGGCACUAAAGUAAACACCAAGUACAAAGGAUUACAUUCAACAAUAGGAUGACAUUUGGUUCUUUUAUCAUAGGUACAAAAGGUAAUACAUUAUACAUAUGUAUAUAUUAAAAAUAUACACUAAAAAUAUUUUGGUGUAUAUUUUUAGUGUGCAUUAUCGAUACAUGUUCAUCGCAACUAUAGAAAAAAGAUGUAGAUGUAUAUCAUUGUGUUAUUUUUCAAUCAAAAAGAUGAUGUUAGAAAAGAAAAUCAUAUUUUUGCUAUUCGAGACAAAAAAUAAUAAUUAAAAUCUAAGCCACCUAGCUCUCGUGUAGUCAUUCAAUUUACCUCCAAAUAAAUGCGUAACCGAUC